AUGGCAUCUCUGGAUUUGUUACUGGAACGACUUGUGACCAACUGCUCAAUUUAUGAUGAAAUGCCGCAUUCUUUCGACGAUACACUCAUCGAUAAACUUGUUGAUAGCAUUGAGUUCGAAGAAAGUAGUAUAACUGUGGUGCGAAACUUUGUCAGAGGAAUAGAUUUUGAGAGCAGAUGUAUUCCGAUUCAGAUAAUUAUUCGACUACUCGAUGCAGCAAUAGUGAAAAAGAGAUUUCGCGACGAUGAUCUUCUGCUAGAAUUCGUUCAAAAAAGUGAAGAUCUUCUUCCCCAAUCCCGCCCACCGAAACUGCUCGAUGAUCUCUUUAGACUUUAUCAAAGACCCGAAGUCUUCGCUAUUCGGAAACCAGACGCGUGGCUUACUGUAAUACGAUGGGCAAUCAAUCAAAUCGACGAUGACAGUACAUCUGUCUUCCUUCGUCGCCAAUACCAAUCAUUCAUUUGCCAAGUUCCACCUGCUGAUGCUCGACGCCUUUUGAUUAUAUCUGGAGCAGUAGAAAUGUUUAUCAGACGGACUAGACGUGGUCAGCAAUCGAACUUCAUCCUUGACGUUGUCACUCGUAUUCUGGAUAAAUAUUCGAAUGAAUUAGAAGUUGAAGAAUUGAUGAGCUACGUGGAGAGUAUUAGGAAUUCUUCGAGAAUAGGCGAGAAUUCAUUGAGAUUACUUGCGAAGCUGAGAGAACUUCACUCAACUCUCAAAAUUCCACUGACUCCUGGUAGUUGGCAGUGUGAAUCUAAUCGUGUCGAUCUCAUCUGCUUCCUUCUCGAAAUGAAUCAAAACCCACGCGAUAGAGUUAUUGCAAUAAAUGAUGAAGUAAAUGAACAAUUUGUUGAAAAUAUCGAUCAGUUGGUUGACCUACUCAUCUACUCACCAGCCGUCAAGCUCCACCACAAAACGAAAAUCCUUCAUCGUAUGAGCAAUAAACAAUUGAAAACGUUUUUGGAGCAACUGAAUGUUGAAGUGAAAGUGGAAAAUAAAAUACGAAUCACCGAAGUUUCCAAGUUGUUACCAAAAUUGGCAUCUCAUGUCACCAUCCAACAAGUUGCCACGUUAUUUGAAGCUCUCGAUGUUCGUGUUCUUGAAUCAUCAUCACUUCUUCAGGAGCUCAGUCGUGUCUACGGUCCAGAUAUUUUCAGUCGUACAGAAUUCAGUAAUUUCAAGAAUCGCCUUCGCGCUCGUCUCACUGAUAUGAUUCGAACGUCUGCGCUGGAAUCUGAAUGGGAGCAGACCGACACGGCACUCGAGAUCGCUUAUAUCUUCCCUUGCUUUUUGCCCGAAAAUGAAGAUCUUCAAGCGUUGUCUCGAAGCAACCGUAACUCUCCUUACGUAAUGUCAAUGGUGUUGAAAUUGAUGCGUGAUCAUUACGGUGGAAUCCCUGACGAUCUUCUCCGUUACUACAUUCUCGAAUCAGCAGAUCCUGCUCCGCAGCUUGUUUGUAUGCAUUAUCUGAGUACUCCAAUGAUUUUCGGAUCAUUAUCUCGAGAGGAGAUUGUGGAAUAUUUGGAAUCUGGACUCUCAGAUAAUGGAAUGGAUAUGAGACAAGAAACACUGAAAUUCGCAGAGACUGCAAUGGCGAAACCCAACUUGAAAGAUGCAGUGAUAACUGUUCUGACCGAGUAUAAAAAUGACCGCUGGAUCGGCCGAUACGUUCGUCGUCUGCUCUGCGAAGAGCAUAUUCAGCAAGAAAACGAGUCGGUUGUGAUUGUUCGUGAAAUGCUUGCAUCACUAAAUGUUCACGGAAAUGAUGAAGAUAUCAAGGACUGCUAUUAA